UCAUUUUCAACAGAAGUUUUUAUAUUGUUUAUAAGUGUUUAUAUAAUGAGUUUCAGUUUUAGUGUAAUGAAAUUGCCUGAAAUUUAAAAGAUGUUGAAUUUCCUAUGAAGUUUAUAAUAUGUAUAAACCCAUAUUUUUUGUUGAUACAAAAUAGUGUUAUAUUGCCUAAUUUGUGUAUAUAUAUUGAGGGUGUAAUUCAAAAAUAGAAACAGAAUGUUGAGUAGAGGUAAGUUUCUCUUAUUUACUCUUCAAUUUCACAGUCUUUUUAUUGAAGUAUGUGCAUAAUGUUAUGCUUGAACGGUAAUGAAUUGGUAAAAUUUUAUAGUUAAACACAUUAGAAAAGUGUAUUUGGUUUGGUAUGUUUUGUUACUUUGUUUCCUCAACCGUAGAAAUAAAAGUACUUGUAGUAAUCUGUACGUCAAUUAUCAUCUGGCAGUUUGUUAAUAAUAAGAUUUAUGUAGUUCUGUAUAGAUGUCGCCUGAAUGCAACCUGUCAGUGUGGUGUUGUCUGUUGUGAAAAUGGUUAUGUUGUUCUGUUUUUAGGUUGUUGGUGGAUAGUACUACAUGCGGACUUGUUGACGUAGGAGUUCGUUAAUUUCUAAUCGGCAACUUGCUUUUUAGUUCUGGUAGUUUUAAAAUGCGAACCGGAACAACGUGUGUGUUAAAAACAUGGUAGCGUGAUAGUGCUAAUUAAAUGUACUCAAAAAAGGAUUACAUUAAUUUAACCAUGAAAUUUGGAAUCCCAUACCUAGGUUUAACUCUAUUAAGUCUAGCAACAUGUGACACAAGUGCAGAACAAAAUUAUGGCCCUUCAAACCGACCGGAAGCUUUUUUUAAUGGUUCAUCCUACAUUAGGUUACAAACGACGGUUUCUCUAAAGAAAACGAUAGGCCUUAGCUUUAGGACAUGUAUAGGUGGGGGAUUAUUUUCACAAAAAUACAACGAUAAUGUCAUUGAAGUUAGUGUGAAAUCUACUGGUGUGUUUUUUGAGGGCACCACUCAAGGGAAUAGCUAUGAAACACUAGUCAGUGGGAAUUUUUUAAACAACAAAUGGCACACUGUUAAAUUAAAAUAUGCUUUGGGUAAUUUGACGAUAAGUGUAGACGAGGACAAUACAAAGCUAAUAGCAAAUAGUUCCUAUCAGAGCGAGUUAUUGACAAGUCCUGGGCUAUACUACGAAGGGGCUAUAUUAAUAGUAGGCAAUCACUUCAAUGGUUGCAUUCUAGAAGGACCGUCGAUAACAUUUCAUGAUUCCGUAUCACAACCACACUAUGUACAGUUUGGUACUUGUCCUAUACCGUAUAACAGUUGUGUUCCUAGGGAAGAUAUGAAACUUGGCAGAUCAUUUGAUCAGUGUAAUAACGAACCUUGCCUUAGGCAGGGAAAAUGUAUAAGUAAACCUGGCUCUUAUUCUUGCGUUUGUCAUGCAAGAUACACUGGAAAAAAUUGUGAGAUAGAUUUAGGCAACCCCUGUGAAAAAACACCACCUGUUUGUAAUAACGGAGGAAAAUGCGAAAAUGACAACCUUGGAAAUUACGUUUGUAAAUGCUUGCCAGGAUUUUCUGGUAAACACUGCGACAUUGAAGAAUCAACCCAUCCGCUCUGCGCUUACGUGACGUGUUUAAAUGAAGGCACUUGUCAUGUGCCACCUGGAUCGAAUCGGGCCGAAUGCGUUUGUCCUUCCGGAUUUACCGGAACCAAGUGCGAAAAUAACAUAAACGACUGUUCACCAAACCCAUGUCAGAAUAAUGGCAAGUGUGUCGAUGGUAAGAACAACUUUACAUGCGACUGCAGUUACACAGGAUACGAAGGACCUUUGUGCGAAAAUAACGUCAAUGAAUGUCGUAACAACCCAUGUUUGAACCAUGGUACUUGCUUUGAUACAUACGGGAGCUACAUUUGUCAGUGUCUUGAAGGAUUCGAUGGAAAAAACUGUCAAAAUAGUAUCAACGAAUGUUUGUCGUAUCCUUGUUUAAACCAUGGUCAGUGUUUGGACAAAAGGGGUGGAUAUGAAUGUCAGUGUCUUCCAGGAUUCGCUGGGAUAAAUUGCGAAAUGGAGCUGCGCCAAUCACGAUGUGAUACUCAUUCGUGUCCAGCCUAUGCUGACUGUGUUGAGCUAUCAGGCACUUAUGUCUGUGUUUGCAAAAAGGAGACGGCAGGUUCUCAUUCUGACUGUAUCGUGGGACUGGGUUGUUUAAACAGUCCUUGUGCUAACGGUGGUUCAUGUACUGCGACAAAAACUGGUUUCAACUGCUCCUGUCCUCCAGGUUUCACUGGACCUGCAUGUGAGCGCAUGGAUUUCUGUCAUCACAGCUAUUGCAAAAACGGUGGCACCUGUUACGAAGAGGACACUGAUGACGAAGAGAAUGAAGAGGAGGACGAUGAAGAUGAUGAUGAAGAGGAAGAAAGUAGAAGAAUGAGGGCCAGGAACGGCCCAAGUUAUUUCUGCGCAUGCCCGCAAGAAUACACGGGCGAACAAUGUGAAAAUUUAGUCAGGUGUACCGAUUAUCCAUGUAAAAACGCUGUAUCUUGUCAGGAUUAUACCAACGGGUACUAUUGCAAUUGUGAACCUGGAUAUACAGGUUUGAAUUGCGAUGAAGAAUUGCCUAAUUGCAACGAUUUUCCCUGUCAAAAUGGGGGAACUUGUUUGGAGACAAUUGAUUAUUUCUUGUGUCGCUGUCCGCCAGGAUUUACAGGUGAUCAGUGUCAAGUGGAUAUAGACGAAUGUGCAUCUGAUCCUUGUAUGAACGGUGGCACUUGUAUGGAUCGCGUGAACGGCUUUUAUUGCAACUGCACUGAAAAUUGGAUGGGACAGUUUUGUGAAAAACCCUUCGACAUUUGCGAACUGAAACCUUGUCAAAAUAAUGGAUCCUGCGCCACUACAAAAAAUAAACACGAAUUUGUAUGCACAUGUCCAAGAGGUUUUGAAGGCAAGAAGUGCGAAAUUAAUAUAGAUGAUUGUAAAGGGGUGAAAUGCCCUCCGGGGACAUCCUGUGUCGAUCUAAUCGGUAAUUUCGAGUGCCAGUGUCCUCUAGGAUUCACUGGAGAAAACUGUUCUAUUGAUAUCGAUCCUUGUAUUAGGGGACCGUGUGAUAAUAACGCCAGGUGUAUGAAUGACCCCAAAGAUAAGAAAGGUUACAAAUGUAUAUGCCCGCAAGGAUUUACAGGAGAAAAUUGUGAAACGAUUAAUGACGCUUGUGCCUGUGUUCAUGGAAUUUGCAUAAACAAUACGGGAAGUUACCAAUGUUACUGUGAACCUGGUUAUACUGGUGAAAGAUGCAAUUUGGAUUUCGAUGAGUGCCUUUCCAUGCCCUGUCGUAAUAACGCAACAUGCGUUGAUAAAGUCAAUAAUUUCGAAUGUAUCUGUAAUCCAGGAUAUUCAGGAAAAGACUGUUCAAUAAAUAUUAACGAAUGUGAUCCGAUGCCUUGUACCGAAGGCUCAACGUGUAUAGAUGGAAUUAAUGCUUUUACAUGCAUCUGUGUGCCAGGCCUAACUGGGAGAAGAUGUGAGAUAAAUAUCGAUGAUUGCGAGAGUUCUCCUUGCCUUAAUGGUGCAAGAUGCAUUGACGGUUUAAAUAGUUACACUUGUGAUUGUACAGACACGGGAUUCAUGGGGGAUCAUUGUGAAAUAAACAUCGACGAUUGUAUAGCAAACCCCUGUGAACAUGGUGGCACUUGCGUAGAUGAGGUUAAAGACUAUAGAUGCAAUUGCUAUCCAGGAUAUACCGGUAAAAAGUGUGAAUUUGACAUUAAAGAGUGUGACAGUAACCCUUGCAAGUAUCAGGGUACCUGUUUGGAAAAAUCGAACAUGAAUUAUUAUAAGCCAAGCUUCGUGUCAACCUUGAACAUUUCUUUGCCACAGGCAUUCGCAAAAACGUUUGACUUUGCUGAUGCUGCAGGGUACGAGUGUCUUUGUGUGCCGGGUGUAACAGGUCGCAAUUGCGAAAUCAACAUUGACGAAUGUGAUAGCAACCCUUGUGUAAAUGGCGUAUGUCAAGAUCGUAUAGGGGGUUAUGUAUGCGAAUGCAACCCCGGUUACGAGGGUGAAAUAUGUCAGAACGAUAUAGAUGAGUGCGAAAAGUACCAUCCUUGUGUACAUGGACGUUGUAACGACGGGGUGGCGGAGUACUAUUGUGAUUGCGAACCGCGAUACGGGGGUAAAAACUGUUCUGUAGAAUUGAUAGGGUGCGUUGAAAACCCUUGCUUAAACAGAGGUACGUGUAAACCGUAUUUAGUAAGGGAGAAUGAGCACAAGUUCAACUGUUCUUGUCCCAACGGUUUCCAUGGACCAACUUGUGAAAAUAUCACCACUAUGUCGGUGUCGGGACAGUCUCUGAUGACUGUUAAUACCACCAGAGAAGAAGGGUAUGAUAUACAGUUUAGAUUCAGAACGACGCUAGGGGAUGGACUAUUGGCUUUAGGGACCGGACUGACAUACCAUAUCUUGGAAUUGUCUAAAGGGAGACUAAAUCUUCAUUCUAGCUUACUUAAUAAGUGGGAAGGUGUUUUUAUUGGUUCCAACUUGAACGAUAGUAAUUGGCAAAAGGUAUUCGUCGCCAUCAAUUCAUCACAUUUAGUCCUUUCUGCUAACGAAGAACAAACUAUAUAUCCAAUAACGUUCAACGAAAAUUACAACAGUUCGUCCACGAGUUUUCCAACCACUUACAUAGGAGGUGUCCCCAACUACUUGCGAAAACUGACCCAUGGACAACCGCCAUUGGUCGGUUGCUUGGAAGAUGUUCUUAUCAAUGGUAUAUGGGUCUUGCCGGAGAUGCAGAACGUUCCUAACAUGUCAUUUUUGGACGUGGAAGUCGGAUGUCACCGGGAACCCCAGUGCAGCCCCAAUCCAUGCCAUUCGGGGGGUCAUUGCACAGAUAAAUGGAGGCACUUUAGUUGUAUUUGUGAGAGACCGUAUUUAGGACCAACUUGUCAAUACAAUUAUACACCUGCUACGUUUGGCUAUGAAAACAUUACAAACUCUCUAGUAACCGUGACGGCAAAGGACCAGAAUAAAAGAUCAAUAAGACAAAUCGUAGAUAUCAGUAUGUUCAUUAGGACUCGUCAGGCUUACGGUCAAAUAUUCUAUUUGGGAUCAAAUCCUACUAGUAACAACAUUAAUUUAAUGGAUGUAACUUACAUAGCUGCCCAACUAGACAAUGGAGAACUUUUAGUACGAAUUCAGUUCAAUGGAACUCCCGAAGCUUAUACUGUAGGAAGUGUUAAGUUGAAUGAUGGAUAUUUACACCUGAUCGAAGUGAUCAGAAAUGUCACCCUAGUCCAAGUAAAAUUGAACGGUACCGAGUACUUUAGAAAAACAAUUUCUGCCACCGGUACCUUAGACGCCCCCGUCUUGUACUUGGGAGGUCAGCCUCAAUUGCGACCGGUACGUCAAGCUGAUACCACUGCAAUUAUCACCAAAAACGAAAUUGGACCAAGUUCAGCAGCAGUCAGUACCCCUCUUAGUAUGAUUAAUUUUAAAGGAAUUAUACAGGACGUUCAAGUGAGUGAUGGUCAGAAGACGAUGGUGGUGGAAUUUUUCCCAUUAGACGUUCCCGACAUGGAACGACCUCUGGAAUUUGGAGAAGUGCAUUUUGAGAAAUCUCUUGUGCUAGAAGGAGUUUUGUCUGAUGAUUCAUGUCGUAUACAACCCUGUAAACAUAACGGCACUUGCGUUAACACCUGGAAUGACUAUAAAUGUGAAUGUACCCAUGGUUUCAAAGGCAAAGACUGUAACGACCUUGAGUUCUGUGAGUUAGAACACUGUCCGGACGGCUCUACUUGUCGCAACCUUGAAGACGGCCAUGAAUGUAUCGCUAGCGUCACGUUCGAUGGUAAAAGCCGGCCUUACCAUUACACCUUCUCUCUAUCACCCUCGUCAUCCCCUUCCUUCCUCUACUUUGAACGUAUCGAACUCUCGUAUAGGACCCGUUCUUGGGGCACCGCCCUGUUUGUAAAGUACGAAGAAAAUUACUUUGUAAUAUUCGUAAAUGCCAAUGUAGUUGUUAUCCAAUGGAAUAUUAAUGGUGAUGCAAGAACCAGGAGUUUUGAGCACCAACAGUUCGAAGGACAAUGGCUCACGCUAUUAUUGAUAAUUAAGGAUUCCAGUUUGAUAGCCGGAUUCAAGGAGCAAGUCAUCGAUGAUACUGCUGCUGUCAGUGCCGAUAAUUUUAAUGCUGAAAACUUUACCGAAAUGAUGGUAAAGGGCUCGAUAUACGUCGGGGGAAGUGAUAACAAAACUUUCGAUUAUUGGGGUGUUAUUAACAUGAUAGAAAUGAACGGUACGCGUACGAAAGUCACAACCGAAACAACGACCGAUUCAAUAUUUACAAGUAGUGCAAUCGAUUUGCCUGGAAAUGUUGUUACUACAGAUGUGCCCUUCUAUUCGUACAAGGCUGAUAUCAAUAAAAACACCGACUACUUCAAAGGUUGUAUGGGUGAGGUUCGCAUAGGUCAUCUUCUAGUUCCUUUCUUUACUGCUGAAGAUCUUUACCAAAAUGGUAAGAAACCCGUUGAAUAUUUCGAAUUGGAAAAACGUUGGCUUGAAACGGAUUGCAAAUUAUGUUUUAACACCGACUGUUUCAAUGACGGUUACUGCAUCGAUCCUAAAAAGACAUACCAAUGUCAAUGUCAGCCUGGAUUCACAGCCGAAGAUUGUUCUGUCGAUAUUAACGAAUGCGAAAGAAACGAAUGCCAGAACAAUUCCACCUGUCUCGAUCUUAUCGCCAAAUAUGAAUGCAGCUGUCUGCCUGGAUAUACAGGACAAUUCUGUGAAAUUGACAUAGAUGAAUGUGAGAGUAGCCCAUGUCUUCAUGGUGGCACCUGUGUUGAUAUGGUAGCCAAUUUUAAGUGCGAAUGUCCUGAAGAAUAUGUUGGUAAACAGUGCGAAGCCCUAAGACUAAUAACAUGCGAAAACCAACCCUGCAAGGAGGGUGCUACGUGUACCGAUGGCAAAAAUUAUGACACGGGAAAUAAUUUUACAUGUGUGUGUCCAGAAGGUUAUGUGAAUCCCCUGUGUGACAUGCCCUAUUGUAUGAAGAAGAUGUGCGAGUAUGGGUAUUGUAAUAUCACAGGGAAACCCAUAUGUCAAUGUCAAAGGGGAUUUGAAGGAGAAUACUGCCAGACAAACAUAGACGACUGUAUUGGACCAUCGGGAACCAGCCCUUGUCAAAAUGGAGGCGUCUGUAUCGAUGGCAUCAACCGAUAUGACUGUAAUUGUACUGGAACUGGGUAUCAGGGUCUUCUUUGUGAAUUGGACAUUGACGAAUGCAGUCUCGGGGAAGAUUUGUGUGGGCCAGGAAUUUGCGUAAAUACACCUGGUAGUUACGUGUGCAAUUGUACGGAGGGUCUUUGCGGAUAUUAUUGCAGUUUGAUGGACCCAUGCGUAGAGAACCCCUGUGAACAUGGAACCUGCGUACCCGCGUGCACAAACGUUUCCGACUACAAUUGUCGUUGCGAGGAAAAUUGGACAGGAAAAAAUUGCUCAGAACCUGCGAUAUUGGCAGCAGUUCGAAGUGACGGAGUCAACAUUUUAUAUAUUGUGAUCCCAAUUGUGGUAUUAGUGGUUAUAGGUAUGGUUAUAGGUCUUGUAAUAUUAGUAAAUAUGGCUCGAAGUAAACGUGCAACUCGAGGCACAUAUAGUCCGAGUGCCCAGGAAUUUUGCAAUCCUAGAGUCGAAUUAGACCAUGUACUUAAGCCCCCGCCCGAAGAAAGACUUAUUUAAGUACUUAAAUAGCGUUUACAUAAGUAACGAUAGGAAACUGUU